GUACGGGGUAGUGGUGAGUGACGGUGGUAGGACGGACGAGGCGCGCCAGUACUAGGCUGAACGGCACUCAGUGAACACCUACUCGUGGUUCCGUGCAUUUUUGUCAUACAGCUCAAUAGGUAAUGCUCCUUGUACAUUACACAAAUAGUGGCUUUAAAAAGACGACUUAUCAGCAGUGAGAGAAGUGCAACAGUAAUAUAAAGUGAUGAGAUCAUUAAACAGAGAGUACCAUAAUUUGUAACCGUGUGGACCGUUAACUUCAUUAUACAACUAGGAGACAAGAGUGUUGACACCAACAACCCAGAGUGCAACUGUCAUCACACCACCACCACCGGCCCGAACACUACCAUGUUGGUCACUUCGUGUCGCCUGGCUUUCUCUCUCUUACGCCGCCUCCCCUCUUUACGAGGCGUGGGCGUGUAUGGCGUGGGUGUGUGUAAUUUGGGAACAGUAGCAGGAGGUAAAUAUCAGCAGGCCCACGUCAGCGUCACUGCUUCUGCCGACCCGUCCACCACACACCCUGGCCAGGACGAAGUUAAAAAAUCAGCAGCAUUGCAGCUGAACUUCGGGAACCACAAGACAGCCUUCAAGCACAAGACGACACGGGAGUUGUUACGCGGGCUGGUGGUGCUUCACUCCUGCGCAGUUGACACCCUCGUCAACCACAGCCACAAGUUGCUAUCGUUGGGGGAACGGUUGCUGGGUGAACGGCUGUUGGGGUACAUGGUGGCGCCCUUCUACAACCAGUUCGUGGCUGGGGACUCUGGGCAGGAGCUGGGGGUUGUCAGUCAGCGCCUUGCGAGUGUGGGCGUAAGGCUCAUGGUGGCGCCCAUGCUGGAGACUGACGUGGGUGAAGGCCAUGACGUACAAGAAAUGUACACCAAGAACCUCAACAAGACGAUACACCUGAUAGACCUGAGCCGCCAACACUCCAUCUUAGGUACCGCUCGACCCAUCUGUCAGACGAAGAUCACAGCUCAUGUUACAGCUGAUAUCCUGGCCAGAGUGUCAACGGCCUACCAGUCUCUGAGUAUGGCAGAACGUGUGGAGGCUGUGAGGGUGGUGGCGGCUCUUUUGGUGGAGGUGGGGAGUGAUGGCCAUACCACCACCUCCUCACACUUACUCCACCCCCUCCAACUCAAGGAAUCAGAUGCCCUGGAACUCAUUGACUCCCUUCCACGUCUCUAUAAACUUGGAGCGCAGUGUGUGUUGCAAGAUGUGGUGUUAGCAGUGGAUGCAGAGUACACCUACACCAAUCCGGCCAUCAACCUGCUCUCUCUGGCCAUGAUGAAGGUCUUCAACAAUCCAACGCCCAUCAUCUGGAACACUUACCAGGGCUACCUCAAGGCAGGACGGGAGAACCUGGAGCAUGACUUGGGUGUGGUGCGAGCGCUGGGUGGGAAUGUGGGGUUCGGGGCCAAGUUAGUGCGAGGAGCGUACCUGGAGAGGGAACGGUCACUAGCCCAAGAGAAAGGCUACCCAGACCCUGUUAACAACACCUAUGAAGACACCGCCGCCGUCUAUACCAGCAUGGUGGAGGUGAUGUUGCAGGAGGUAGCAGCAGAAGCUGAGUCCCGCGCUGUGGUGGUGGCCACACACAACGAGGCUUCCGUCAAGCAUGCUGCGGGGAGGCUGGAGCAGCUGCGCCUUGACCCCCAGGCAGGCAACGUGGUGUUCGGCCAAGUGUAUGGCAUGGCCGAGAACAUCUCCGUCCCCCUCGCUGCAUCAGGAUUCCUGGUGUUCAAAUCAGUGCCGUCCGGCAGUAUGUCGGAGGUGAUGCCUUACCUGUCCCGCCGAGCCAACGAGAACAGGGCGGUGUUGCGCGGAGCCAGGCGGGAGAGACAACUGCUCACGAGGGAACUCCUCUCAAGACUACCCUUCAGCCGUUGAUACAGAUGUUCUAGAGAGAUAUAUGACAUGAUCACUGCUUACCCAACUUCAUAAUUUCAGUAUAAUACUACAAUAUUGUACUGUAUAGUUAGUUAUUACUUUUUUCAAUUAUUUUUAUUGAUUUUAUCUUUUACUUUUAAUUUUACCCUCAGCCAUUGAACAGCUCAUCAGCCGUUUGGGCUGUCGGUCACGUCUCUGUUACUGUUAGCAAGUAUACUGGGUAUGCCUCCCU